AUGACUGAAAUUAAACCCAAUAAAAAGGAUGCAGCCCGCCAUAAUGUUAAUAUAGACAGUUCUGUUCUAGUUAGACUAUCAACUAUUAUUUCGUCUCACGAUAAGACAGAGCUCACAAGGUUUAUCCAAGGGGGAUCAUUGUUAAAAGUGUUGACCAGCUGGUCGUACUAUGCGUCUAUCAACGACCAUAGUCAAUUCACGGAUAUAUCUAUCAAAUUAUCAAAGACUUCCAAUUUGAUCCGAGACUAUAACACCAGUGAUUUAAAGCCAUUAUUGGUUGACUUUUAUCAACACAUUUUGAAUAAUGAUUUAAAAUAUGUAUACAGGGGGUUGAAUAGUGGUAAACCCCUAUUAGCAAACUCAAUGUUAAAUAUUUUGAGCAACUUAAUUAGCUUUGAUAAUGGAUUAACCAAUGAGUUCUUGGAUAAGUUUGACAUGAGUUUAUCAACAUUACCAAAAUUAUUGGUUCCAUCUAAGAUUGACAUUGAAAAAUACAGCCAGUUUAAGGACAAGCCUGAUAAUACUCAUCUGUUAAUAAGAUACAAUUUUAUUAAAUUCUGGAUUAAUUUGAAUUCAAAGGUUUCCAGUUUUAUAAGAAAAGAUUUACUAAUUAAUAAUCACAAAAUAAUGAAUAAUCUUUGGAAGAACAUGUUUGAAAUUGAUUCCGUACCUGUUUUGUUGAAUAUUUUUGAGUUUAUUGAUUCAAAAAUCUUGGAUGAAUCGAACUUUAAAAAGUCAACAAAAUGUAAGAUUUUGAACGAAAAUUUCAUCUUUAAAAUUCAAUUAAUAUUUAACCGAUUGAGUAGCAUUAAUAAUGAUGAGUUUUCUAGAACUUUCAUUAGUUUAUUGACGAAACUUUCUACAGACUUUACUAAUGGUUUGAAUUAUCCUAAUUUUAAACUCUGGCAAUCAUCUACAGAUAAUGGAAUUCCAAUAAACAUCAACAACAAAACUUUCAGAAUCAAUAAUAAAUUGAUAUAUACAUUCUUGACUAGUUUGAAGCCAUGGGAAACUCACGUCCAAUUACAAUUAGUAAAGAACAUAUUAUCUGCAAAUAUAGAAUUGGUAGCACCAUAUAUGAAUUGGUUAAUACAGAAUGGUGGUGGAUACCACGAUCCCUCACUUACAUCUUGGUGGAUAGGUCAUACCUUACUCUUCAAGGAAAUUCUUUGCUUGCCAACUCCUAACCUUUCAUCGGACGCAAAAUUGAAUAAUAAGAUUGUGCUAGAAAGCAUCAGUUUAGCACCAUUAUCUAAGAAUUCAUUAAAUAAAUGCCUUGAAUCAAAGCACUAUUUAAUUACACAGUUGUCUUGCCAAUUAAUAAUGUUCACAUUGAUUAAGUUAAACAAGGUAUUGUCGUCAAAUUUCUUCAUUCAUAAUAAUAAUGCCAAUAAACAAGAAUUGAUUGAGUUGGUCUUUAAUAAUUUGCCAGAUUUCAAUGUAUUAGUUCAGCUUUUACUUACGAUUAAUAAAACUUUCCCAGAAAAGAGUGAUAUGAAGUUGCUUAAGAUAACGUUGACAAUGAUUAUAAAUCAAUACCAAUUAAUUUAUCCAUCUUCGUCUCAAACAUUAAAUAAAUUUGUCAGUAGCGAAAUUAAUGAAUUUAUUAAUGACAAUCAGUUGUUGAAUAAUUCCGGCUAUAAUCUAUCAUUAUUAGAUAAUUAUCUUUCUAUUCAAUCAAAUCAACAACAAGAAAAUGAUUUAAAAUGGUGGAACAGAUCUAAUAACGGUAACUCCUUUUUCACAUGUUUAAUUAAACUUUCAGUAAACAGCAAAAUUGAUGAAUCCUUUAUUUGGAAGUUUUAUGGAUUGUUAAACAAGUUAACAGAAAAAACAAUAAUUUUCAACAAAGAUUUAAUUAUCUCUCCAAUAUUAGCAUUGAUUCAUCUGUUGAAAGAUUCAGAUACAUCUACUAAAACCUGGAAUUUAUUAGAUGAAGUUAUUUCCAGAUCAGUUAAGUCGCCAUAUAAAUAUCUUGACUUGUCUCAUAGCAAGUUUGGUGAUAUUAGUUUAUUUAUCGUUGUGCUUUUUGAACAAUUCAGAUUUAUUCUCAAUGACUCUACUAUUAAUCUGAAGGAAUUAAAAGAUAUUGUUGAAUGGCUAUUUAACUUUUUAAAAUACGCGAUUGUUAUCGGUGAACCAAAAGAAGCUGUUCAUACUUUGCUUGAAGAAUAUUUGAUAUGUGACAAAACAUUUGCCGAUGUUGUAAACACAAACCAAUUGACACGUAUGAUAGAUUUUACAGGUACUGACAACGUCAAAGAAGAUUCUUCCUAUUUAGAAUUACUUGUUAAUACAUCCAAUGCUAGUUUAGUUGCAAAAGCAAAUAUACUUUUGAAGAGAUUUCCAAUUUCAAACUUUGAUUUUGCAGGCUUGUUUACAAGAUUGAAAUUAAUUAUUCAUGAUGAAAAGCUUACGAAAAUUGACGACGUUCUCAUUGAUUUGAUUUCUAAACUAGGUAACUACUUAGUUACAGUUAUCCCAGGAGAUUUGUUAAUGGUUAAGUUCAUCCUUUCAAAAAAGUUUUGGCAAGAUUUAUUUUUUGGUCAAGAGAUUGAUUUAACAGUUCCAUUACCAAAGAGAGUUAUAUUUGUAGGGAAUUUACUUAAUGAAGUAUUUCAACAAUUGCCACAGGAAUGUUUUGAUAUGAAUAAUUCCAAAUACCUGAAUUACAAUGAAUUUAACGUAUUAUUCUUCGAUUUAUUCGGAUCCUCCAAGGCCAUGCCUGUUGAAAAUCAAAAUUUUAUUGGAAAGUUCAAUUGGGUUCUUGCAAAUGAUCAGAUUAUUAAACUAAUUAAUACUAUUGAACCCAAGAAUACGCUUCUUGUAACAAGAUUGUAUGAAAUAUCAAUGCAAAGAUGUAUCUCGAUGAGUUUUGAUAACUUUGAUAACUUGCUUAGUUUAACAUUACCCAAGUUGAGUGAAUAUGAGGUUGAAAAGAGAUCUAUAUUAAGCAACUUGAUUGAAACGAACUUGGUCUUUUUUGAGAAUGAUGAAUUAUUCAAGCAAAUUGAUAUUAUUUUACAAAAUGAAUCAAAUUAUUAUUUAUUGAAAUCUUUCAUUAAUACUGAAGAUUUAAUUAAAAAGAACGAAAUAACGCAUUACUUAAUUGCAAAGUCUAACGAUGGUUUAAUUAAGGAUGAAUUCCUUUUAUGUUUCAUUGGUUAUUCAAUUUCUUUAUCCUUAUCAUUCUUAGAUUUCGAAGACCAAAAGCUUUUGGAUUUUUUGAACAAAGUUACGAAAAUUGCAUUGAAAUUGUUAAAGGAAGGAAGCUUUGAAUCUAAGCUAAGCUGGAACAACUUAUUAGAUAUUUUGGCUAGUAAUGUGAAUAGUAAUUCUGUUUCUAGCAAGCAGAAACUGGAUUUAAUCAAUCAAGUUUUCACCUAUGUUGAGACAAAUGGUUUCAAAAAGAGUUUAAUUCCAGAGUUCGGAAACCUAAUCUAUCAAAUAAUUAAAUCUAACGCAAAUCUAAGUGAUGAAAUAAGGUUAUGGUUACACAAGUCUAUGCUUUUUAUUACCAAGAAAUUUGCCGAAACAACUGAACUAUCUGAAAACUUCAUUAAGUUUUUGAAUGGAAUCAGAAAUAUUAUUAGAUUAGUACCCUCAAUAUCUUCGUCUAUCUGGGAAUUAGUGCCGGUUGCAGUUAUUAAUACUCAAUUGGAAGUGAUAUUAAAUCACAGAGACUGGGUUUUGGAUUCUAAUGUUUUAGAAUUUGUGAAUUGCGUAUUAAUGUCUGUCAAAAAUGUUAAACAGGUCCAAUACGAAAAAUUGUUGCAAAUUUUCGUCAACAAUGAAUUUAUUAUAUUGAAUGGUUUACCAUCGAAUGCAAAUAAGCGUUCAAGAUUUGAAUCGGCCUUAAUUUUAUCUAACUUAUUUUUCAUGAAUCCAGGUAAGAAUUCUACGUCGCUUUUAUUAGAAAAAUUGGUGUUGUUAUACUUAGGUUCCAUAAGACUGGAAGAUUUAAUUUUAAAGUCAAUUCUUGUUAAAAUCGAAGCUAAUUUGGUAAAGUCUUGGGUAAGUUUGAUUCUGAAUUGGGAACUUUCGGAAGAAUUUUCGAGUAAUGAUCUUGAGCUAAUCGGUGAAGAAAGAUUGAUAUUGAAGGACAAAAAGACAUUAGCGAUCUCGCUAAAUAAGAACUUUAUCAAUAAUUCUAUUAAGAAUGGAGGUGCCAACUAUGUUGCUUCAAAUUUACCGCCUAGUUUAUUUGACUAUCAUUCCAAUAAAGUUGAUUUUAAAAAUGCAUGGGAAGAUGCCGAAUCCUUUUAUGAGAAUAAUACAGCUCGUAUUGACCAAGAAUAUCAAAAAACAAUUUAUGACGCUGAAUUCCUUAUGAUGUUGGUAAUUAACAAUCAUGAAUUAGUUCAGGUUGAUAGCAACGAGGAAGACGGUGACACGAAAAUAAAGUUUGACAUAAAAAGUUUGAUUGAUUCUAAUUUACUACAAUUCAUCGUCGUGAGCUUAUCAAGCUCUUCUGAAUUAAUCAAGAAUAUUUCUAAAGCUUUAAUAAGCGGUGUAUUGAGAUCGCUUGAAACUACUGAUAAUUUCAAAGAUACGAAUCUUUAUAAAGUUUAUGUCUCGAACAUCCUCCAUACCUUAAGAACAACAGAAAAUGAGAUUUCCCCAUUAAUUUGGUAUUUUUAUAGUAGCUUGAUUCCAAUUUUGUCCAACCCAGGUCAUUAUUUGUAUGAAAGGUCGUUCCGUUAUAUCUUGUCAAAUCCAACAAUCAAAAAGCACGAUAUUCCUUUAUUCGCCCCAAUAUCAAUGUCGAAUGGUAAUGAUUUAGAAUUCGAAAAUGAUGAAUCUCAUUAUAAACAGAUAACUUGGUUGAUUCAGAAUUUCAUUAAUGGUACUCAAGUAGUUUCAGACUUGAACAUAUUGAAAGUUAGAGGUGUUGUUGAGUGGGUUAUGAAUUUAUUGAACUCUCCAUUUAUCACAACCAAUAUCAAAUCAUUAAUAUUAACUUUCAUAUAUACUGUGCAAAAGAUUGAUCAUGGCUCCGAUAUGUUGAUUACGAAAUAUGGUAUCUUAACUAAUUUAGAGCAGUUUCAGCAAAAGUAUAAUAGUGAAUUGAGUACUGUUGAUGAAAAAAGUAAGUUAAUCAAUGAACAAUUGAAGUUGAAUAUAGAUGAAAUUUCAGUUAGGUUUGGUGUGAGCGUGGGAUCACAUAAAAGAAUAAGAACAUGGACAAGUGGCGACUUGUCUAGCUAUGUUAAAAGAAUUCACAAAUCUUAG